AUGGAUCAUUCAAAUCGGGAAGGCGAACCGAAUAGCACAGUGAUCAAUGCUAAUGAAGGCAAUGAUGAAUUGACUGACGAUGAAGUUGUUAAUCAAGAGGGUUCCAAGGUCGACGAAAUCACCGACGUCAUGGCGACAAGAAAUGAUGAGUUGGGAAUUAAGACACGAGGUUUGAAGUAUUCCUUAUUGUGUUUGUCGGAUCAUAGUGGACUCCGUGAAGAGGAAAUACCAGUCAUAGGAAUGAGUUUUGAUUCGCUGCCUUUGGCACAGGAGUUUUAUACAAAUUAUGCAAAGAAAUUGGGGUUUGUAACUAAAGUUAGGAACACGAACUUCGACAAGACACGGAAGGACGCAAAGAUACCAAUUAAUCAAUCUCUUCACUGCACUCGAGAGGGUUAUCGAGAAUCUCGGGUUAAGGCAGCAACUAGGUCAAACAGAAUAACAGCCACGAGAUGCAAAGCAAGGAUGUAUGUCAUGCUGGACAGGGAGAAGGAAUGCUGGGUUGUGUCUAUAGUAGAAUUGAAGCAUUCUCACCCCUGUUCGGCUGAGAAAGUUAUCCACUAUCAUGAGUACCGGGAGUUGACCAUGCAUGCCAAGUGCGUCAUUACGGAUAACGACGAGGCUGGCAUAAGACCCAACAAGACGUAUCUAGCACUGGCAAACGAAGUUGGUGGGUCUUCGAAUUUGAGUUUCUCAGAAAAGGAUGUCAGAAAUUAUAUUGCAAGCAAUCUUCGAUGCUCCGAUGACAAUGCGGACUUCAAUGGGAUGAUGAAUUAUUUCGUUCGAAUGAAGGAGAUCAAUCCCAACUUCUUUUAUGCCAUAGAUGUUGACGAUGCUAAUAAAUUUAGGAGCGCACUCUGGGUAGAUGCAAGGUGCAGGGCUUCGUAUGAAUAUUACAGAGAUGUGGUGUCGUUCGACACCAUUUACAGAAGAAACAGGCAUGGUCUACCGUUUGCAUCCUUUGUCAGUGUAAACCACCAUGGGAAGUCUACUCUUCUUGGCUGUGCUUUACUUGUCAGCGAGGAGAUCCUUAGUUUCGAGUUGGUGUUCACGCAGUGGGUGAGAUGUGUUGGAAUUGUGCCAAAGGGUAUCAUCAUUGACCAGUGCAAGGCGAUGACUGGUGCUAUAAGGAAGGUCCUACCUGAUACUAUCCACAGAUGGUGCAUUUGGCACAUAAUGAAGAAAACACAAUUCAAGCUCGGUGGCUACGCUAGGUACGGAGAAUUGAGUGCAAUGAUGAAUCACAUUGUGUAUAACUCUCCUUCGAGUGAAUCAUUUGAAGUACAUUGGGCUGGUUUCAUCAAAGAGUUUGAGUUAGGCCAGAACAGAUGGUUAGCAAAUCUUUAUGCGAAUCGACGUAAGUGGGUGCCAAUAUUCUUCAAGAGUGAAUUUUGGGCCGGCAUGAGGAGUACACAGCGGAGUGAAAGUAUGCACGCAUUCUAUGGUGGAUACCUGCAUUGCAAGAGUGGGUUGGUUCAGUUCGUCCAUGAAUACGAUAACGUGCUUGGAAACAAGGAGCAAAAGGAGCUUGAAGAUGAUGUUGUGGACUCAAAAGGAGUCAUCCCAUGUAUAGGGAGCACGAGCAUUGAGAGACAGUUUCAGUAG